AUGGCUCCCGAGGAACGGUCAACGCUGUUGAGGCCGCCGCCUGCGGAUCCGAACAAGGCCCCGAUCGAAAACGUCUUGGAGGUGACCGAGGUUGGAGUCUUGGGGCCCGACAUCUUCACAAACACCCGCAGGGCCUGGGUGCCUCCCGGCGCAAGAGGCGUCUACGGCGGAACCGUCAUUGCGCAAUGCCUUGCCUCGGCGCAAAAGACGGUGCCCGACGACUUCUACCCUCACUCGUGCCACUGCUACUUCAUCUUGGCAGGGUCCGGGAGCAUCCCUAUCCUCUUCCACGUGGAACGGGUCCGUGACGGCCGCUCGUUCGCCACGCGCACCGUCCAGGCACGCCAGCGAGGGCGCUGCAUCUUCACGACGACGAUUAGCUUCGUCCGCGAAGACGCGGGCGGCGAAAGGACGGUCCGCCACGCCGUCCCGAUGCCGGACGAGGCCAAGGCCCCUCCGCCUCUGGACUGGCAAGAGGAGCCGGAAUGGGCCAGGGGCGGGCCCUUCCAGAACUACCGCAUGCCUGCUGUGCGCGGCGCGGACCCGACGGCGCGGCCGGACGAGCAGAGGUGCCAGCAGUGGAUGCGGUGCCGUGGCAAGAUCUCAGAGGCCGGUGGCCGCCAGGCACAUUUGAACGCGUUGGCGUACGUCUCGGACAGCACCUUUAUCGGCACCGUCGGGCGCGUCCACCGCCUCUGGAGACUGCCCUUUAAGCCGGAAGACUAUGACGGCAUGGCGGAGGAGUAUCAGCCGCACGUCAAGGAGCUGGCCGAGUUUGAGGGCCUCGGAUCAACCGUCGAGGAGUGGAAGACGCGCCCCAAGCUGGGCAUGAUGGUGAGCCUGGACCACAGCAUUUACUUCCACGAGCCCGGGCGCGUCAAGGUGGACGAGUGGAUGUUUGCCGACAUGGAGAGCCCCUGGUCCGGCGACGGGCGCGGCUUCGUGACGCAGCGUAUAUUUGCAAAGGACGGGACAUUGCUGGCGACCUGUGUGCAAGAGGCAAGUCCGCGUCGUGCUCUGAGAGAUGUGAAUGAAGCUAACCUGCUCGUAGGGCGUUGUGCGACUGGCUCCGGACGAGCCCGACAAGAGCAAGUUGUAAACCAGGCCAGGAAUGACGGCACGGUCAAGUGA